CCUGUCACCAUUCACUGUCAGGGAGAUUUGAUUGAGCUGUAUGAUUUAACAGUAUAUGACUCACCAUACACCCUCUGGAACACUCACGAAUACACAUUUAACUUUGAUGCUAUCCUGAAAAAUACUGGACCAUCAGACAUUGGAGGCUCUUUUGAAACAAUGUAUGACUGGGUUGUUCUUUUGUCAGAAAAUACUGAACCAGAUUUUCGUGAUGACAUCAUCAUCAGACCAGAUGUUAAGAUUACAGAGAAGACUGAGGAUGUGAUCAGAAAGGGACUUAAAAGAGGGGACACUGUGAGGUUGAAUGAUAUGACUGCAAC